CGCCACUCACUGAUUUAAAAAAAAAAAUAUAAAAAAAAAUUUAAAUUGAGGGUGGUCUAAUUAUAAAUUUUAACAAAUUGCACGGUCAAUAUUGCAGAAUUAAAAAUAUACACUCAAUUUAGGAAGCAAAACGCCAGCCAACAAAGAGCUGAAAUAACCCGCGAAUCAUCCGCAGUAGUACUAUUUUGAAAUGCGGCCGGCUUAUAAAAUGCAAAUUAAACAUGAAAUAAGAGUUUUACCGUGAUAAAAAGGCCUCGAAAUGGAAGUAAUUUUACCCCUGGAACUGCACAAUGGCCAAAAGUUUCUUGACUGUGCCUCAAAACUGGAAUACGAUGAGUUUUCAGCGAAAAUGUUUGUGUUUUGCACUGAAAGCAGCGAUGUGGAUGUGUUUGAGCUGAUGGGGAACCAGCGAUUGAUGCAAUUGAUUUACGGCUGGGAGGUCUGCCAGCUGCCCAAUAUCGAUGGCGUGCCGGAGGACUCGUUGCGUCAUGUUGUCCAGGUGCAGGCGCACCACUCGCUGCACUUGUUGUUCAGCCAGGAAUGGAUGAGCUGUUCGGAGGGACUUAAACGCAUGCUGCUCUACUACCUGAACAAGGCGACGUCAUCGUUUGCCCAGAUUGAGGAGCUCUCCAAAAUCGAUUGGCCAUAUAUACUCAAGUUUCAGGGCAGACCCUGGCGCGUGCCCUAUCUGCAGCAGCUGUUUGCCAACCUGCGACAGAACAAGCAUCAUACCAUUGAGCAUUCAGUGCUGGCUGCCACGCAUGAAGAUGUCACGUUCCUGCAGCAGGAGAAGCUAAACCUGAUACUGCUGCGACUUAUACAGCUCUUCAAUGCGGGCAACUUUGAGGCACUGAAGCAGCUCUCCCUCAGGGUUCUGGCAGCUUGGCUCAACUGCAAUGCCGAUGCCAGUUUUGAAUCGCUGGCACAUGACCAGACGGCCAUAACAUUGGUGGGACACCUCUAUCUAUUGACAAUAUUCGUUAUGGACGAGAAUCGGGGCUAUGCGAUCGACAACAUGAUGUACAACAUACGUUUCUAUGCUCUGAGCAUGCAAGAGGCUCCAGCUGCGGAGAGCAUCAACUUUACGCCUGCCCGUCUCAUCGCCCAGGUGUGUGUUCGCUUGAGGCUAAGCAAAAGCGGCUUCUUCGAGCAGAUUGUGUUCAAGAAGUUCAAGCUGAAUCUGGUCACCUCGUUCGCCGUCAUGCUGGAGGCCUACACGAGCUAUGUGCUGGGCAAUCAGUUGCUGGAGCUGAUGGCCCUAAACGAGCACGAUUUCCUGACGCACUUGCCCCACUUCAGGGUGCUAAUGUACCGCUAUGUGGAGGAGCGGGAGAACAGCGAGACCUUUCUGCUGAACGAGCUGCAAAAGCUCGAGUCUCAGCGGAACAGCCACGCCAAGCCGUACACCGUCAACUUGAAUCUGAACUAUCAGCAGCAGAUCUGCAAGGGCAAUCGUGCCAGCAAUAUUGGCAACUACAAGAACUGCGAUGAUGAUGAGAAGCCCCAGGCAGAUGUCGACGAGGAGAUGGAUCGCCAAAUAGAUCCCGUCUUUCAAAACGUACCCAACAACGAGGAGGUCCUAGACUUUGUCUACAAACUGUUGGCAGAGCGGGAAUUUCCAGGCUGGCAGUUUGCCAAGAUUGCUCUGCUGCUGAAGAUAAUUGGCCAGCAGCUGAAUGCCAUCGAAAUUUGGCGCUAUCAUCCCGGCCUGACCACGGACUUUAUGCUCAACUUGGAGCACAAGCUAUCGAAUAACUACGCGGAUCUGGCCAAGGUGUUCAGUGAUCAUGGCUUCAUGGAGGCGGAGUUCUGGCUGACGGCCUUCUAUCUGCAUCCGACAGCAAAUAACUACAACGAAGUGAAGCGCUGCUCACGCAUCAAGAAGAAGCGCUUCAUUGAUGAUGAGUGGGCCGCAGCCGAAACGGGGCCCGGUGCUGGCGGCACCACACAAAAUGCCUUCAGCAUCAAAUACGAGCUGCUUAGCUCUACGAUUGAUGUCGAUGAAAUCGUUACCAUAACCAAUCACAAUGCCCCCGUGGGAGACUACGAGCCCAUCUACAAGGCCCUGCAGGCGCUGCGACUGCCGCGCAGCUUCAUAAAGGAUCUGCUGACGGUGAUCUUUCAGCCGCGCAACAAGCGCUAUUCGUGGGCCCUGGAGUGGUCCACCCUGCACGAGCGCUGCAACGCGCUGCUGAAGAGCAAGGAUCUGAAGAAUAAGUUCGUGGCGCUCAACAUGGCCGAGGCAAACGAUCGCUUGGAGUUCCUAACAAUUGACUAUGCCAAGUACAAGGAUCGGCCGCAGCUGGACUAUGGCACCAUUGAGGAGGGCUACGAGAAUGCGGCCAACCUGGCCGAAGCGGAGGCUGAGGUGAGCGCGGAUGAGAAGGAAGAGGAGCCGAAGCAGCCAAAGAAGCGAAAACCGCCGCGAAAAUUUUGGGAUGAAGUGAUCUCCGAAGAUGAGGACGAGGAGGAGGUAGCCUCAGACGAGUCGGAAGCCUAUUACACGGGCACUGGCCGUAGGACACGCAUUCGAGCUGCUGCUAUGGUUGCCAAUGCCAUGCUCUCAGACAUGGAUCGGAGCAUGCGAAGUGGUCGCCGAUCGCCGCCCACCACCAGCUCGGCUGCCCAUUCCGAACCAGAAGAAGAGUCCCAGACUGAGCGGGAGCGCGAGCCUGAGCCCAUGGCCGAGUCCGUGUCCGAGCCGGCAAAGUCCCCAUCCCCAGAAGCGGCGAUGAAUCCGGAGAAGCGGUCAUUCGGCGAUCUGCUGGAUACCCGUACAAAGUUCAGCAACGAAACGAGCGGCUUCAAGGCCUUUGCCGACAUCUGGAGCUUCGAAAAGGAGGAGCUUCAGGAUGUGGCCAGCGACAGCAAUGGCCUGAGAGAAUGCAGCUCGGUACUAAGUAAAUUCAAGAGCUGGCAAACCCUAAGAGACACUGCACCAGCGACCACAAAAGACGAGGAUGCGGCGCCACGAGAAACGAAGACGCGCGGCUUGUCGGAAACUGACAGCGUGAAUUCGGAGACUUCAACGAUGGCCAUGCACGACUCCACCGAGGAGCCCUGCGACAAUUUGUCUGGUGUAAGUAAAGAGUUAACGCCUCCGCCGGCCACAUCGUCUGAUUUUAAUAUGGAGACAGGCGUGUUGCAGCCCGAUGAAAAAGAGAAGGAGACGAGCCAGGAGACGGGGACAGCAGCAGUGCAGGAAGUAGACGAAGCGAGGACGACGCCGCAGUCAGAUCUCCCACAAGAAAUUAAUACUCAGGUACAUCAAAACAAGCGCUUCAAAACCUCACCAAGCUCCAAAACAAGCAGCCACGCAGCAGACCCAGCAGGCAGCACCCAUCCACAAGAGAUCUACGACAACGCCGACUUAACCCAACGCCUAAUCAAAGAGUGUCUGACACGCAAGGCCGAAGUGCGCUUAAAUCGUCUUAGUCUCCGGGACUUGAAGCAGAUGCGUGAAUGCCGAGUUCGGAUCAAGCGCACCGACUUUGUCUCCUACUUCCAGGAGCAGGAGAAACCGCAAAAGAAACGAAGAAAGCCGGGACCAGGCAGGCAGAGUCACAGCCACAGCCACAGCCAUUCCAUCACCAUCACCGACAGCAAUGCGUCAACGCCAACGCCAACAAACGAAAUGCAGAAAAGCGAAAAGAAACGCUUUAAGAAAUUUGUGCAUAUUACGUCCGACUCGCCGGGAACGUCAUCGUCCGUGAUGAUGGCCAAAAAGAUCUUCAGACACAUAACCUCCGAUUCGUCAACGGAUAUGGAAGAGGUUCAUCCGCCAGCACCGCUAAAUCGCAAACGAAGCAGCCGUGGCGGUCGUGGGGCCCGAGGUAACAUGAGGGUCAAGGGUCUCCAAGUGCGAAUCUGCCGGCAAGUACCCUCAGACAGAGUCUCCUGUUCGCCGGAUGUGAUUGAGUUGUCCUCGGACUCACACUCCUCGUCCACGUCGCAGCCGCGCACUAGCCAAGCAAACGUUCACUUCUCUCACGUCCUGGAACUGGAUCCGCUGUACGAGGAGGAAAUUGUUCCAUUCUGACGACGCUGAAGGGACGAGCAGCAUUCGCCCUGCACUAGCCUGAGGCGAGGCUCUACGUGUUCGGAACGAAUGCAAGCGAGGGGUUGCACAUCGGGAACUGUGGCACAGCCGGGAAAAUUGAAUUUGUUUCGCUUGUUAGAAUGCAAUUGGCCUGGGGCAUAUUUCGUAUUGGCUCUGCCCUGGAUUUGAUUUGAAAUUUUAUGUGGUACGUACAUCUGUUUGUCCUCUUUCGACUGUGACGACGACGACGACAGGGCUUGCAGGCUCGUAAAAAAAACUCUUCAGCAACGUGCAGCCGCCUCUCAAUUAACAGCCUAAUUGAUAUGCAUUGUGGUUCUCGAUAAAAACGAAUUAGCCACACGCGUCGGAGGAGCACUUGAGCUGGUCAGGCAUAUCAACAACAACUAUCGGUGGAAAAGGAGUCGGCGGGAGACACGUGUCGGCUACUGUGUGAUUUUGUGUGGCAAUAUAUUCUCAGUUAGGGAUGAUGUUUGAUGGCAUUGCAGC